AUGGACUUCAGAGAAAAAGUAAAAAACGUCAUCAAUAAGUCGCGACUCAUAAAAGCAUUUUCCACGAGACUGAAGACACAAGAGGAAACACGAAAACAUCCGCUCACUCGCUCACAAUCCGCACGUCUGAGCUCGGAAAGGCUUCCACGAAGACAUCGUCCAGGUUUAAACCUGCCAAGCACUGAAUCUAACGACUUUCAAAGAGCAGUCACUGCUAUCCACUUAGGAUCCGUUGUCCAGCUCAGACGCGUUUUGCAGUAUAACGAACUCUCCGAUAAAACCCAUCGCUUCGCUAUAAAUGGUUAUGACGAACUCGGGAGAACAUUGGCCAUUCAUUUUGCCCAGAAAUGUCCACGGAAAAAUGCACUGCAAAUGAUAGAAGUGCUCUCGGAAUUCAGCGUCGACUUUGACUUGGGCACGAAGUCGGAAGGAGUCACGCCGCUCAUGCUCGCUGCACAGCGCUUCGACCUCGACGUCUUUAUUCCUGCAAUUUUGGCAGCAGGAGCCGAUCCAACUAUCUGCGACUACAACGGAGAGACAGUUCUGCAUUGGUUAGAAGCCGGGGGAAUCGAAGACGAGCAGGAACAGUUCGAGAAAAAGAGGAGUUCAAUUCGUCGAGUGCUAAUAAAUUCCGGCGCAAAACCGACGACAAAAAAUUCCAAAGGCAUCACUUCUGGAGAUAUAAGAGCCAAAUGGCCUAAGCGUCCAGUUCUCUACGACUUCAGCUGUGACGAACAAAGUGAUGAAGAGGACUACAUCGGCACACUCAAACGGAGGAAGAAUCAUUCUGAAACAGGGUCAACGGGUGUUCCCGGUCCAUCCCUGCUCGGCCAACAAAGCGAGCAACAAUUCCACGGAGUAAUAUAUGACGAGCUCGAUUAUUACAUGACGCGGUUACAAGAAGAAAUCGGCCUUUUUUGA